AUGCGGAACUUCAUCGUGAUGGACGAAUCCAAGGGGUUCUCGAACUUCGCCCUACUCUAUCUCUACAACGCAUUGCGGUGUACACUAACGCAAGACGCUUUCGAGUCCCAUGAAGAUGAGAAAUACAGGAAGGCGAUAUUCCUCGUGAAGCACAACUUGCUGCAGUUGCGGCAGAAGAGGGGGGACAGAAACUUGUGGUUGUUCUUCGAGUUCGACCUCACGGAUUUGUUACUAUCCGCGACGGCCGAAAUCGAGGCGAAGAUGAGGAACUACGACAUGGGGCUUCUCGAAAUGUACAACGAGCUGCGCCUGUCUGACUUCACCUUCAACCGCGUGUCCAACCUGGAGCUGGACAUAUGCACCAAUCACAUCUUCUCCGUCGAGGAGAUGAGUCUGCACCUGACCCUUGUGCCUUUCUUGCUGGAGGAAGCAGACGUAACUACCAACUUGUACACGGAGGAAAUUCGGGAGGCCCUGUGGAAGACCCUGAACUUUUUCAACUUCUGCAUGCUACAAAUAAACCAGCAUAACAUGAGCAUCGUCAAUAUCUACAAAAAGGAGAUAAACGUGUUCCUGAAAGUGAUGGACAAUUUUGACUUCAUAUCAAUAAACGAAGAGAACCUCCUGGAGGUGCACGACGAGAUUCAUUUGAAAAAUAAGUAUGGAAAGAAACUGCUUCGAAAUUUUUUCAUUUUCUUAAAUCUCUUUUUAUUUUAUCAAGUCGCUGAACAAUUUGAGUAUUUCCACUAUAUUGAAGUGGUACCUAUUUACAUACGAACGAAAAAGGGGACGAUGAAAUCGAGGAGUUACAAUAUGGAGAGUACCUUUUACCCCUUGGUUGAAGGGGUCUACAAACAUGAUUUAAAAAUAGAUGAAGGAAUUAUCCUAAUACGUAUUUUAAAACAGUACAACAUAGAAAAUGAUACGAAGCGGAUGUACUACUAUGAUUCUGAUUUGAUAUAUAAGGCCAUCAUAUAUGAAUCUGUUUUGUCUUCCUCAUCCGUAUCAUCCUCUGGUCAAUCUGGUGUCCAAUUUGAACCCCUUUAUUCACAGAAUAUCGACAUAACAAAAGGGGCUCUUCCUCCUGAUGAAGACAUAACGUUAAGUCUGAUACUGCUCGUCAAUACGGACACCUCUGUGGACGCUUUUCUAGAACAGAUCCACAACUUUGUUUUUCCAAAGGAUAUCUUUCCUGCCAAUUGGGAUUCCAACAAAGAGAGAAUCAAAAUACUGGGGUCUUGUAUUUACACCAAAGAAUCGCAGCCCCCCAUUUUUCAAGGCUUCUUUUCCAGGGGACUCAGCACCUACAUUCUGUUCAAAAUUUUGGACUUUUUAAAGCCGAACAAGAAGCUCCUCUACCUGUCCAUUGACAGGGCAGAGGACAGCAAGAACCAAAUCGCCUCCGAAAAAAUCGCCGAGCGCAUUAUGAACGUCACGCAGCAGCUGUACGAGGUCGUCCUCCUCUUUGAGCGAGACGCCAUCAUCAACUUUGACAAAUUCGAACACAGCGACGAAUGCGAUAUGUGCCUGCUGGGUUACCGAGGGCUGUACACCCUAUACGUGUGUAUUUUCAUCCCGAUUUUGGUCAGCAUCCUUAUUUGCUAUUGCAUUUACAAAAGAAAAAUCGGUGCCCAAUGCAACUCACCUGUGCGGAAAAUUGCGACAUUCCCGAACCAGGUGAAGUCAAUUGAGCCAAAAAUAGUGACGCUGCAAUUAUAG